AAUGCUUUCUGUUAUAUAAUGGUAUUCACGAGUGAGCAUUCUGGGAGUAAAAGCAGUUCAAGCUGUAAAGCUAAAGAAGAGCAUCUCAAGAGAAAUUUAACCGAUGUCGACUAAGAAUUAUCAUUUGGCUGAGGUUUACAGAUCUCAAAAUGGCUUGGAACCAAAACAAGUCAUUACUUCGACUACACAUCAAGAAAACUCGAUCGAUUCGAACGAUUCUUUUAGUGUCCUUGGCUUAAAAAGCAGCCUCAAAGAUGAGGAUUUUAGUCAUACUUCUAGUGGCAUAGAACAUCACUUAAAAAAAAGUGACUGGAUACUGGUAUUUCUAGAGAACAAUUAUGACGCCAUCGACGAUGACUCUCUCAGAUACAGCCUCAGCGAAGAACUUUUGGAUAAGAUUGGAUUCGAAAGGGAUAGCAAUGCGGUGAAGACCAUGUUGUCACGAUCGAAACUGCUUCGAAAUGACGUUGAUCCCAUAGAUAUUGUAAAGCGUUAUGUUGUGGAUGAAUUCAAGUACAAUCCCGUUUUGGCAAACGGUUGUGACUUGGCGAAAGAAGAAGUUCGAGUUCAGGAACAGAAACCUGAACUAAAAAUUGUUCACGUUGAUACAACAGAUGCGGUGAUGGAUAAAAGAGAAACUUACUCGGUCGACGACGACAUAUGUGAUGACGACGUGGUGCUCUUUCAUGGCACAGACAUCAAGAGCGCCUUUGAUAUUUCAUUUGGAGGUAUUGAUGUGUGUACGGGUUCUCAAAAGCGAGACUUUAGCGAUGGAAGUGGCUUCUAUUUGACCGACAAAUUCGAAAACGCCAAGAAUUGGGCACUUAGCAUAACGCAAAAGCCUGCUAUCUUGAUUUUUACGAUUCCUAAGCAUUUUCUCAAAAAAGCUAACAUUUUGAAUUUGUCGAGCGAGAUGCAAUGGAAAGAGAUUGUCGACGCAAAUCGCUCAGGAAUUUUAGAUAGGGAUAUGAGGAAGACUUUGAAAGAAUACGACGGAAUCGAAGGCCCAUGUACUGGUUUGAGUGAAACUGAUAACUUGGUGGACUCUCGACAACCUUUGCCCAAUACGUAUCAACUUUGUAUCACCAAUGAAGACUUCGCUGACAAGAUUAGCGGAUAUUUAAGUAAAAUUGUUGUUUACGACCGUAUCUAAACAUUGAAAAAGGUCUGACAACAUUUACACUGAAACGCACAGUAUUCUUAGUGACAUUCUUGACAUACAGUGGUUUUUAAUAUCUAAGAUUUGUUAUGAUUAAGUUGCCCACCACUAUUGUAUCUCGUGCUUGUUUUUCUGAGGUUUGACAAACUCUGAAGGACACAGGAAAUAUGAAACAUUCUGAUAAACUUAUAGUAUUCCUCAAAUCGGAUGGACAUUUCUAGUUAGUACAUGAAUAAUAAACGAUUACGGGCGCUUUCCUGAGUUUCGGACUGACUGGCCAUUCCGAAAGAGAAUGCCAUUACUAAUCAUUCCUGUUCCGGCAGAAGAGUCAAUUUCUAAAUUUUAUCCAAUUGUAUAAUGGACACCUGGAAAAUCACUGAAAAAUCUGGAUAAAACGCAUCAUGAUUUACUUCUAAAUGCGCCGGUAUGGAUGGCCAGUUCUGACUAAAUGGAAAGCGCUCUAAUUAUCCCAAUAUAUAGGUUAUAUAAGUCAUAGUAAAAAUAGAUUUCAUGCUCUUAGAGCAUUUAACUCGGGUACUUUCAACAAUGUGUUAGUGUUCAGUUUCUGUACCACAAUGAACAUUGAACAGUAGAACCGUGGUAGAAUUAGACAAAUUGUAUUGUAUUACAACUAGAGUAUAAUAUUUCUGAUUGAAUUUCUUAGAAGGCUGGCCAAUACAUUGUGUGCCGUAUUGGCUUGAACAGUUGAUUUGUGAAUGCUGUUGAGAUUGAUUGUUGUCAAUUUUCAGGACUCGAGAACAAAAUCAAGAUGUAGAGUGUGGUUCGGUUCGGCACAGUUGUAAUUUAGGCUGUUAUGGAUUCCAGUCCUCCUCGGUCAAAUCAAUGGUAAGCAUUUAGAGUGA